AUGGCAGAAGUGGUUCUUGAUGACGCGACAAAGAAUUUCCAAAGCGAACAGUUCAUCUGUUAUUCCUCAUAUGAUCAAUUGUCAUUGAACGUUCGCCAUUGGCCUGUAAUAAACGAAGAACCUCGUGCGGUUGUACUCAUAGUACAUGGAUCAGGUGAACAUUGCGAACGCUAUGAACAUGUUGCUCGAUUCUUCAACGAACAUCAAUUGGCAAGUGUCAGCUAUGACUUAAGAGGUCAUGGCUAUUCGGGUGGUGAACGAGGCUACUUUCCUUGUAUCGAUGCCGUUCUCGAUGAUCUCGAAUGUGUCAUUCGAUUUAUUCGUGUUGAACUUUAUCCUGAUAUUUCACUCAUUAUAUAUUCUCAUGGUACAGGAUCUGCAUUUUGUCUUAUGUACGAUAUUCGACGGCCUGAAAAUCCUUUGGAUUGUCAAGCUAUGAUUGUGAGCACACCGUCAAUAUGUCUCAAGAAACGUCCUUCAAGAAUACAGUUAUUUCUUAUGCGUGCAUUUGCCAAUUUAAAUCCUCACUUGCGUUUACCUAUUGAUGGCAACAGAACAAAUGUCUAUACAAACGAUCCGAUAGUUGUUCAAGCUUAUCGCAAUGAUGACCGUAUUCAUGGUCGUUGGCCAGCAGCUACCAUUGCUAUUCUAGUUGAGAUCGGUCUAUUUUUCGAAAAGAAAACCUUCACUGCAACAUGUCCAAUGUUAAUACAACACGGAAGCGCUGAUACUACUACACCAGUUACACGUAUUCGAAAGUGA